GCAGGAUUUUGGUGUUUUCCUGUUUUCUGCUAAAACCGUCGCACAGAGAGCCCUCACAGUCCGCUAAGAUGGGAAGAAAGAAGAAGAAGCAGCUGAAGCCCUGGUGCUGGUAUUGCAACAGAGAUUUUGAUGAUGAGAAAAUCCUUAUUCAGCAUCAGAAAGCAAAGCAUUUUAAAUGCCAUAUAUGUCAUAAAAAGCUCUACACUGGACCUGGUUUAGCUAUCCAUUGCAUGCAGGUACAUAAAGAAACUAUAGAUGCUGUACCAAAUGCUAUCCCUGGAAGGACAGAUAUUGAACUUGAAAUCUAUGGCAUGGAAGGUAUUCCUGAAAAAGACAUGGAAGAGAGGAGGCGAUUACUUGAACAAAAAACACAAGUAGACAGUCUGAAAAAGAAAUCAAAUCUUGACGACUCUGAUUAUGAUGAUGAUGAUGAUGAUAUUGGGGCAUCCACAUCAUUUCAACAAAUGCAACCUCAUCAGGGAUUUAUGCAUACCAUGGGACAGCCAGGACUACAUCCUGGUUUACAAGGUGCUCCAGGAAUCCCUCCAGGUAUACCACCAUUGAUGCCAGCUGUUCCAUCACUGAUGUCUGGAAUACCCUCUGUUAUACCUGGAAUGCAUCAUGGAAUGAUGUCUAUGGGUGGAAUGAUGCAUCCUGCUUCUGGAAUACCUCCUAUGAUGACUGGUUUGCCACCAGGUGUACCACCACCUGUUGGAAUUCGUCAAGGAAUGCCUCCUGUAACACAAGCACAGUCAGUAUCUUCACCAGGAUUAAUCAACCGACAUGCAGCACCUAGUACAUCUGCCCCUACGUUACAGUCUGCCCCUAAACCACUCUUCCCAAGUGCUGGACAGAUGGGAUCACCUGUCACAAGCUCAAGUACAGCGCCCACCAAUUCAGAAAAUCUGUCUGCACCUUCUAAAGCUCUGUUUCCUAGUACAGCACAAGCUCAGUCAACAGUAGCAGGACCUGUUGGAACGGAUUUCAAACCUUUGAAUAACUCUCCUGUAACGAAUGUAGAACCUCCUAAACCAACAUUCCCUGCUUAUACCCAGUCUACUGUGUCAACCACUAGCACGACAAAUACCACUGCUUCUAAACCGUCAGCUUCCAUAACAAGUAAGCCUGCUACCCUGACAACAACUAGUGCAACUAGUAAGUUGAUCCAUCCAGAUGAGGAUAUAUCAUUGGAAGAAAAACGGGCCCAGCUUCCUAAAUAUAAGCGCAGUCUUCCUAGGUCUGGCCAGGCUCCUGUAGGCAAUCAAGCUGUUGGUCCUUUAGGAGCUUUGAUGCCGCAACCUGGAAUGCCUUCUCAGCAGCCAGGGAUGAGGCAUCCAGUUCCACCUCAUGGUCAGUAUGGAGGCCCCCAUCAAGGUAUGCCUGGAUACCAUCCUAAUGCUCUGCCUCCCUAUACACAAGGCCCUCCCAUGGUUCCACAGUACCAAGGCGGACCUCCUCGACCGUUAAUGGGAUUAAGACCCCCUGUAAUGUCUCAAGGUGGCCGCUACUGAUGUUGCUGCACUAUUAAAUAGGUUUGGAGAUUAAACCUUUUCUCAUCUUGUGCUGUGUAUAUAGCCAAGCUUCCGUCAAUUAGAGCUUCAUUGUGACUAAAAGCGUAUCUUCCUGCAUACCACGAACUGUUGGACGUUUCUUUUACCUAGGGAGGGAUAUUUUUAUUUGAGGGAAGGGAUGGGGUAUGUGGGACAUUGAAACAGGAAUGUUUCCUGAUAUUGCAAUUUAUAUUGUAUGGCUUCUUUUUUCAUGUUUCAUCUAGGUUUUUAGAAGUGGCGUAUAGUAAAUAUGGUUCGUUUAAUUGUGAAGGCGCCAAAUACCACACUAAAGGCAAGUUCUGUCACAUUAUUUUGCUCUUUGUCAAAUCAAGCCUUCACAGCAUCCUCUGGGUGCUGUUGGACACUUUGUCCCCAACUUUAGUUGGUGAGGGCAGUAACUGUUCAACCUGUCACUGUAACAUAUGUUUUUUUUAAUGUAUUAAGUUAUGUUACAGGAUCUCCCCUACUGACCCAGUAAAGUCAAACUACUUUAUCUGUACUGUUUAAACUAAUUAUGUAAUAAAACAAAAGAAACUUU